CGACGAGUUCGAACAAGUCCUGUAGAUCUGCAACCGUCAGCGAGCAAAGGCAGCCGACUUCUGAAACCGUCUCGCCUUGUUUGACGUUAAAUCCGAUUAGAAAAGAUGAGGGAAAUCGUUCACAUCCAGGCCGGCCAGUGCGGCAACCAGAUCGGCGCCAAGUUCUGGGAGAUCAUUUCUGAUGAGCAUGGCAUCGAUCCCACCGGCGCCUACCAUGGCGACUCCGAGUUGCAGCUGGAGCGCAUCAACGUUUACUACAACGAGGCCUCUGGUGGAAAAUAUGUGCCAAGAGCCAUCCUCGUCGAUCUGGAACCGGGAACCAUGGACUCCGUCCGAUCAGGACCUUUCGGUCAAAUCUUCAGACCAGACAAUUUCGUGUUCGGACAAAGUGGUGCUGGAAACAACUGGGCCAAGGGACACUACACCGAGGGUGCUGAACUCGUUGACUCUGUUCUCGACGUUGUGAGGAAGGAAGCGGAAGGCUGCGACUGCCUGCAGGGCUUCCAGCUGACACACUCCCUGGGCGGAGGCACCGGCUCAGGAAUGGGCACCCUUCUCAUCUCCAAGAUCCGAGAGGAGUACCCUGACCGCAUCAUGAACACCUAUUCCGUCGUCCCCAGCCCAAAGGUGUCUGACACUGUGGUGGAGCCCUACAACGCAACCCUGUCCGUGCACCAGUUGGUCGAGAACACUGACGAGACAUACUGCAUUGACAACGAGGCCCUUUACGACAUCUGCUUCAGGACCCUGAAGCUUACCACCCCCACCUACGGUGACCUGAACCACCUGGUGUCCCUGACAAUGUCCGGUGUGACGACAUGUCUGCGCUUCCCUGGCCAGCUGAACGCUGAUCUUCGCAAACUGGCAGUCAACAUGGUGCCCUUCCCCCGUCUCCACUUCUUCAUGCCUGGAUUCGCCCCCCUCACCUCCAGAGGAAGCCAGCAGUACAGACAGCUCUCCGUGCCUGAACUGACCCAGCAGAUGUUCGACGCCAAGAACAUGAUGGCCGCUUGCGACCCUCGUCACGGCCGCUACCUGACCGUGGCCGCCGUCUUCCGAGGCCGCAUGUCCAUGAAGGAGGUGGACGAGCAGAUGCUCAACAUCCAGAACAAGAACAGCAGCUACUUUGUCGAAUGGAUCCCGAACAACGUCAAGACCGCCGUCUGCGACAUUCCUCCCAGAGGCCUCAAGAUGGCAGCCACCUUCAUCGGCAACUCCACCGCCAUCCAGGAGCUCUUCAAGAGAAUCUCCGAGCAGUUCACCGCCAUGUUCCGUCGCAAGGCUUUCCUCCAUUGGUACACUGGCGAGGGCAUGGACGAGAUGGAGUUCACCGAGGCCGAGAGCAACAUGAACGACCUGGUGUCCGAGUACCAGCAGUACCAGGAGGCCACCGCCGACGAGGACGCCGAGUUCGACGAAGAGCCUGAGGCUGAGGUUGAGGAGAACUAAGUUGAUGAGCUUCUUCUGGUCCUUCAUAUUUUCUUGUCAUCCUUUGAUACUUUGAGUAAUGCCCAAACAGUCACAACUAUUAAUUAAUAACAUCAAAUGUUGAUGGCACACACUCCAAAUGCGAUAUUUUUCCUUUCUACCAUUCCUACAAUGUGCAUUUAAAAUAAAGCAAAAUUAGCUUAACUUAUGGA